GGGCCCCCAAGGCUCCGAAAUACAAAAAAUUCAUGAGAAAGAGGUCAAAACAAAUAUAUUUCUCACCCUUAAAAUUAUGCGUUAUUGUAGUGAGGGUGGGGGUGCUUUUUCCACCGAACACAAGUUUCCUGAACGUCGUGACGCUGCUGAACCAGUGAAACAUGCUACAAAAGAAUACAAAAAAUACCUAUUAUUAACAUUUGGUCUGCAAUCGACAAAAGAAGUAUGCAAUCACUGUCAGCAUUGAGGAAGACGUUGAUGCCGUCAUCAAGAAAGGCUCUAAAAAACUUAACUGUUGGGGAAGAAAACUUGUUGCUGAGGAUGACGAGACUGAGGUGGAUGAUAUUGAUGGGCUUUUACAUUAUACCAGUAUCGAUAAGCCAAUAUUGCUACUAGAAGAAGAUGAGAUCUGGCUUCCAUCAAAAUUGAACUUGUUUUAGAAUGGUCAAGUAGAGCAGAUAGGUAGAAAUAAGAAUUUAGAUAAAGUAGGCCAGGUUGCGGAAAUCAUAGAACAGGAAAGGAUAAAUGAUGCUGAUAGUCCUGAUGGUGAGGGUCUAAUGAAUAAAGAACCUGUUAAUGGCGAGCCCAGUGAUGAAAAUCGUGUUCGUGGAAAUGCUGAAGCACAAUUAGGAGUUACAAAAGAAACUGCUCGUGAAGGUAGCGCUGCUGCAGACGAUUUUGAAGCAAUUUUAGCAUCAAGACGAGCUGCCUUUACGUCAUGGGAACAGUAUACUGUUCCAUGGGUGCAAAUAUUGAGCUCCUCAGAUCUAGAGAAAUGCAGUACAGAUGUGGAUAAGGGAACUACGCAAAGAAAUGUUGUCCAUGCAAUAGUUACCGAAAUGAUCUUUCGGCAAGUUGCAAUCAGACGAAAAGACUUCAGACUAAUAGCAAUUCAGUGUAUGAACACAUUUCCAAACACAUUUGAAGACAGAGACGAAUACGGUUGCCGAAUCGAUAACGGUUACAAUAGCAUUCUGCAAAAAGUAGAGGAUCAUUGUAAUUAUUUAAAGCGAGAACCCAAAAACGACGUGGCCUUUCGCAGCAUCUCAAUUUGAAAUUAAAACAUUGAAGGACAUUGCAGUCAGUUCAAAAUGGUACCGUUAACUGGCAGCCUGAAAAUAUACCAGCAAACGAGAGAGAAGAAACUCUUGAAAAUAAAAGAAUAACAUUAAAAAGUCUUGACUUCAUGAAUUUGGAACUUAGAGAAGAUGGAAGUGAUAUCGAUAAUCUCUUAUCAGACACAUAUCCUGAACAAAGAUUAUUUCUAAACGAUAUGUAUGAACCUCCGACGCUUGAUAUUAUUAAGGACAAAUGGCCAUUUCUUUUUACACCACCGUGCUUGUUCUGGCCCUUUCAAAAAUUGACUGUGGUACGGAUUCACAAGUUUGAUGAAAACUUCUAUGAAAAAGUUCAAAAAAUACUAAUUUUUGGUAAAUGGAAACAUCGUUUUCAAGGUUUAGAAGUAUUGACAGAAGAACGGAAGCAUGAGAAGAUACUCGAAGUUAUGCAAAUUCGUUUUGCGGAAACUGGUGCAUACUUACUCCACACUUGCCCUCCUGGAGUUGAUCUAGUGACAUUGCGGAGUGAUUCAUAAUAGUAAAGAUCUUACUGAAGAAAAUAUAAAUUAUAAGGAUGAUACAGUAACUGUGUCCAUCCCAUUCAGUUGGGCCUUUUAUGAAGGUAAUAUUUUUUGUGCAACAUGUCCACGGAAACAAGUAAAUUGUAAUGUUUUUAAUUUCGAUGUAUAAAGUUAGGAGACUGUCAAACCACACGAAUAAUUUUACAUUUAACAAUUUCGGUUUCAGUUCCAAGAGGUAGAUUUUACACAUUUGUAGUCACCUUUAUAGUUUUAAACUGUGCUCAAAUCUUUCAUGCUUUCAAACUGUACAAAUUUCUCCUGUGGUUUUAUGGUCCGGCGACUUGAAACAUCCGAGUAUAAACCUUAUACCUCUUAUUUGUUAACUGAGCUUUCUUCGUGCCUUUAAUAUUAUUCAUCAUAAGGCUGAAAUUAAACGUGUAGGGGAGCGUUAACAUAUUACGUAACAUUGUUUU